AUGUCAUUAGAAAAAAGAUAAUUGUCAAGUUCAAAACUUAAAUUUGAUGCUGAUUAUUUUUUAAAUAUUAUUGAACAGCAAGAAAAGAAGAGACCUGGAUCUUGUUAACCUUAUUCAUCUCUUACUUAUCAAUCAACUCCUAGAAAACCAUUCUAUUAUGGGAAAUUGAUAAGCUCAGAAAUUGUAAAUCAUCAACAUCAUACAAAAAAAUCAAACAAUAGUGAAUAGAAAAAAUAAUUAAUUCCAUCAGUUACUUAAUCUUCAUCAUUAGGUGUUGUAAGAAUAUUUUAUUAUCAAUUUUAAAGGUGAUUCCACUUAAAACUUAUAAAUCUUAAUUAUAAUUUGAUAAAUAAAUUAUAUUGACUAAAUAGAACUCAUCUUCUCAAAAUUUAAUUAAAAGUUCCUUAAUACCUAAUCUAAUAUCAAAAGGAGAGAAAACAUAAAUUUAAAAAUUGAUAGAAAAACAAAGCAUUUUAACAAGUUCUGGAAAAUAUGAUAAAUAAUUUACAUAGAAUAAUUAGAUAGAACGUAUUGUAAUUUUAAAUGUAAAUAUUCUAAUAAAGCCAGAAAAGUAGGCAAAUACCAUACGAAAAAUAAAAGUAAGUACCAUUAAAAUAAUAUUAUCAAAAUUCAUUUGAUUAAAAGAGACCAAUCAUCUAAUAAAUGUAAUCUAAUAUUAUAAUUUCUCAAAAAAAACACAUAAUCUAACCACAAUAGAUAGAAAAAAAGUAAGAAACAUUUAAUACUAAAUAAUUGAUCUCUUAGUUCUAAGAGAAUCAAUCUUAAGGUUUUAAUGAUUUUCCAAUGAAUUCUGAAAGAAGAAAUCUUUAAUAAAUCUUUUCAUCAAUAUAAUUACAAUUAAAGGAAGCCGCAUUAUAAGCUAAAUAAAAUUAAUUUUAUCUGAGAGGUAAAUAUUCUAUUAAAUCCUUCAUUAGAAAUACAAGAAUAACCUGAUGAUGCAAAUCCUUCACUUAAUUAAAUUAUUUUAUAUUAAUUUUAAAAGUGA